ACGAAAUCUGGGGAAACAACAUCGAGCCUUCGAAACUUUGCUCACAUGGGUGCCCUGAUCGACUUCUCCCCACCCCUCCUGUCUUCUUCUUCAUCACCACCUCAGGCCGCCGAUGAAGACCUCUUAUGCCUGCGCGAGUCCUUCACCCUUGGCCCUCCACCUCCUAUCUCCCCACCAUCGUCGGCGUCGCCUAAGCCACCUCUUACACCACAGUCCCCCUGCUCUUGUCUUUCGACAACUCCUCCGUCUCCAUCGACUCCAUCGACGCCAGUGGCCUUGCCGCUUAUCAUCAUCACUGCACCCACCACUCCACCGCCACUGCCAGCCAAGCCUCGCGCGUAUCAGCAGGCAAUGAACUAUGAAGGGUGCAUUGAGUCCAAGUACUACGACUCUUCUCCGCACUACCAUUGUUCGCAACUGGGUGGUGCACCUCCUGGCUAUCGUCAAGGUCAAGGUCGAGGUCGGCACGCCCGCCAGCGUGACCAUGACGAGCGCCUGGGGUGGACGUAUUGAGAGUUGCGGCCAUUGUCUCCGAAUUUAUUCUACUUGGCGUUUGAAUAUAGAGCCAUUGUGUUAGUGAAUUGUGUGUUAUUCAGCAGGGCGUUCGGCAAGAACACCAUGAGAUUUGUACAUUGGCAUAACGUAGCGUAAUGAACCG